GCCCCGCUGUGAUCGUGAGAUUUUGUCUGCCGGCCGGCUAAUAAAAUCCACCCCACAAUCGCCAUGUCUCGCUUUAGUGCGCUCGCUGUCGGCUCUUCCUGCGUGCUUUAGCUCCUUCUCGGCUGAUCCUUCUGUCUCUCCCUACCCCGGACACCCGGCUUCCCGAUUCUUUUCCUCUCUCCUUUUGCGGUUCAGCAUGCAGGAAAAAGACGCCUCCUCACAAGGUUUCCUGCCUCACUUCCAACAUUUCGCCACGCAGGCCAUCCAUGUGGGCCAGGAACCAGAGCAAUGGACCUCCAGGGCUGUGGUGCCCCUCAUCUCACUGUCCACCACGUUCAAGCAAGAGGCUCCCGGCCAGCACUCGGUGAGCUUAGUCUGUCUGGGGCUGUCCACAGUUGGGCGGGAAAACAAAGAUGGCUUAUGAAUUUGAAAGGCAUGGUUUUGAAUAUAGCCGUUCUGGAAAUCCCACUAGGAAUUGCCUUGAAAAAGCAGUGGCAGCACUGGAUGGGGCUAAGUACUGUUUGGCCUUUGCUUCAGGUUUAGCAGCCGCUGUAACAAUUACCCAUCUUUUAAAAGCAGGAGACCAAAUUAUUUGUGUGGAUGAUGUAUAUGGAGGUACAAACAGGUACUUCAGGCAGGUGGCAUCUGAAUUUGGAUUAAAGAUUUCUUUUGUUGAUUGUUCCAAAAUCAAAUUACUAGAGGCAGCGAUUACGCCAGAAACCAAGCUUGUUUGGAUCGAAACCCCCACAAACCCCAUCCUGAAGAUGAUUGACAUUGAAGCCUGCGCACAUAUUGUCCAUAAGCAUGGAGACAUUAUUUUGGUCGUGGAUAACACCUUUAUGUCGCCGUAUUUCCAGCGCCCUUUGGCUCUGGGAGCUGAUAUUUGUAUGUGUUCUGCAACAAAAUACAUGAAUGGCCACAGUGAUGUUGUAAUGGGCCUGGUGUCUGUUAAUUGUGAAAGACUUCAUAAUAGACUUCGUUUCUUGCAAAAUUCUCUUGGAGCAGUUCCAUCUCCUCUUGAUUGUUACCUCUGCAAUCGAGGUCUGAAGACUCUACAUGUCCGAAUGGAAAAGCAUUUCAAAAAUGGAAUGGCAGUUGCCCAGUUCUUGGAAUCUAAUCCUGGGGUAGAAAAGGUUAUUUAUCCUGGGCUGCCCUCUCAUCCACAGCAUGAGUUGGCGAAGCGUCAGUGUACAGGUUGUACAGGGAUGAUCUCCUUUUAUAUUAAGGGCACUCUUCAGCAUGCUGAAAUUUUCCUCAAGAACCUAAAGCUAUUUACUCUGGCUGAGAGUUUGGGAGGAUUCGAAAGUCUUGCUGAGCUUCCGGCAAUCAUGACUCAUGCAUCAGUUCCUAAGAAUGACAGAGAUGUCCUUGGAAUUAGUGACACACUGAUUCGACUCUCUGUGGGCUUAGAGGAUGAGAAAGACCUACUGGAAGAUCUAGAUCAAGCUUUGAAGGCAGCACACCCUCCAAGUGGAAGUCACAACUAGUAUUCCAGAGCUGCUAUUAGAAGCUGCUUCCUGUGAAGAUCAAACCUUCUGAGUAAUUAAACGGACCAACAAUGAGCCUUUGCAAAAUUUUCAAGUGGAAAUUUUAAGGCACCUCAUUAUCUUUCAUAACUGUAAUCUUCUUAGGGAUCAUCUCUGUUAAAAAGUCUUCUGUAUGUCAUAUUAUAAUUACAGGUCAAUUCUGUUAAUAUCUUUUUGUUAAUUUUGCUCUAUGUUUGCCUCUGAAGGAGGUGAGAUUUGUGCUGCUUUGGGGGAUCAUGUUCUUUUUUCAUGUCUAAGAUUUAUUUUGAUCAUGUUUACAAUAUAAUGGUCAUUCAUUUUUAUGUUUUGUGAAGAAUUUAAAUUUAAACGAAUGUUCUUAAAUCGUGUGAUUUUUUUUGCGUAUCAUUGAAAAGAACAUUAAAAGCAAUGGUUUACACUUA